ACUGAAGCUGUUGUCAGAUUACACCGGUGACGGCGCGGGUUUCGGAAGUCCUGGAGACGCGUAGGGGUGAAUUUAGCUUUCCGACGAUUGCAUGGAAGGGGUUCAUCAGAUUUAACUUCUGCUGGAAAUUGUCACCAGUCUCUAUUAGAAUAUCCCAUGGUGUCAGAAAGUAAUUUUUCUAAAGAUGUUGGAGUUCAAGUGUUGCCUUUGGAUAAAAUAGAAGAGAACAACAAACAAAAAGAAAAUGACAUCCUCAUUUCUCAGUAUACAACGGGACAGAAAGAUGCUCUAAGAACAGUUUUAAAGCAAAAAGCUCAAAGCAUGCCUGUUUUUAAGGAAGUAAAGGUACAUCUAUUAGAAGAUGCAGGCAUAGAGAAGGAUGCUGUUACUCAGGAAACUAGAAUUUCGCCCAGUGGAAUUGAUUCAGCUACAACCGUGGCUGCAGCAACUGCUGCUGCCAUUGCAACCGCAGCUCCAUUGAUAAAGGUACAGAGUGAUUUGGAAGCAAAAGUCAAUUCUGUUACAGAAUUACUUAGUAAGUUACAGGAGACUGAUAAACACCUACAACGUGUUACAGAGCAGCAAACAAGCAUUCAGAGUAAACAAGAGAAACUACACUGUCAUGAUCAUGAAAAGCAAAUGAACGUGUUCAUGGAGCAGCACAUAAGAAAUCUUGAAAAAUUACAACAACAACAAAUAGAUAUUCAGACUCAUUUUAUUAGUGCUGCACUCAAGACUAGUAGUUUUCAGCCUGUUAGUGUGCCCUCCUCCAGAGCAGUGGAAAAGUAUUUUGUAAAACCAGAACACCCUAAUCUUGGUAGCUGUAAUCCAUCUUCAUAUAACACAUUUGCUUCCAGACAAGCACCUUUAAAAGAAAUUGAAGAUAUGAGUUUUGAUAAACAGAAAUCUCCUUUGGAGACACCAGCACCUCGCAGAUUUGCUCCUAUACCUGUUUCAAGGGAUGAUGAACCAUCAAAGAGGGAAAAUCUUUUGGAAGAAAAAGAAAAUAUGGAAGUGUCAUGUCACAGAGGAAAUGUAAGAUUAUUGGAGCAAAUUUUGAAUAAUAAUGAUUCUUUGACAAGAAAAAGUGAAUCAUCAAACACCACCUCACUAACUAGGUCAAAAAUAGGAUGGAAUCCUGAGAAAACAGACAGAUUUCCUUCCUAUGAAGAGCUAGGAACAGCUAAAGUGACUGUGCAGAAGUCUGAUGAGGUUCUUCAUGACCUUGGCCAAAAGAAGAAAGAAACAAAUGGCAUGGUUCAGCCAGAAGAAUCUCUUAGUAUGUUGAAGCUUGCAAAUCUUCCACAGAAUUCUGUUAAGCUUCAAACAACCAGUACAACAAGAUCUGUAUUGAAAGAUGCUGAGAAGAUUUUGAGAGGAGUACAAAACAAUAAAAAAGUACUUGAAGAAAACCUGGAAGCUAUUAUUCGUGCAAAAGAUGGAGCUGCCAUGUAUUCACUUAUCAAUGCUUUAUCUACCAACAGAGAGAUGUCAGAGAAAAUUAGGAUCAGAAGGACAGUGGAUGAGUGGAUUAAAACUAUUUCUGCAGAAAUUCAGGAUGAACUGUCAAGAACAGAUUAUGAACAAAAAAGAUUUGAUCAGAAGAAUCAGAGGACCAAGAAAGCUCACAAUAUGACUAAAGAUAUUAGAACCAACACACAAGAUAAAACUGUAAACAAAUCCGUAAUUCCAAGAAAACAUUCUCAAAAGCAAAUAGAAGAGCGUUUUAGAAAUCUACCUAUGAGGGGCAUGCCUGCUGCAAGUAUACAGAGAGAGAGAAAAGAAGGGCUUUUGAAAGCAUCCACAGUCAUUCAAGAUGAAGAUUAUAUGUUUCAAGUCUAUGGAAAGCCAGUUUAUCAGGGCCAUCGAAGCACUCUUAAAAAAGGACCAUAUCUCAGAUUUAAUUCUCCAUCUCCUAAGUCCAAACCACAGAGACCAAAAGUAAUAGAACGAGUUAAAGGCACUAAAGUAAAGUCAAUAAGAACACAGACUGACUUCUAUGCAACAAAACCUAUAAAGAUGGAAUCUAAAACGAAACAUUCCAUUCCUGUGUUACCUCAUGGCGAUCAGCAGUAUUUGUUCAGCCCAAGUAGAGAAAUGCCUACUUUUUCAGGUACACUAGAAGGUCAUCUGAUUCCUAUGGCAAUUCUUUUAGGACAAACCCAAAGUAAUAGUGAUUCUAUGCCACCUGCUGGAGUGAUUGUCAGCAAGCCACACCCUGUAACUGUGACUACUUCUAUUCCUCCAUCAUCUCGAAAAAUAGAAACUGGAGUAAAGAAACCUAACAUAGCUGUUGUAGAAAUGAAGUCAGAAAAAAAGGAUCCUCCUCGGCUUACUGUACAGGUAUUGCCCAGCGUAGAUAUCGACAGCAUUUCAAAUGGUAGUGCUGAUGUUAGUUCACCUCUGCCUAGUCCCAAGGAAGCAUCUCUUCCUCCUGUGCAAACUUGGAUAAAGACUCCAGAAAUUGUGAAGAUAGAUGAAGAAGAGGUGAAAUUUCCAGGAACUAACUUUGAUGAAGUAAUCGAUGUCAUACAGGAAGAGGAAAAAUGUGAUGAAAUUCCAGACUCUGAACCAAUUCUGGAGUUUAACAGAAGCAUUAAAGCUGAUUCUACAAAAUAUAAUGGUCCUCCAUUUCCGCCAGUUGCUUCUACUUUUCAGCCCACAGCUGAUAUUCUGGAUAAAGUAAUUGAGAGAAAAGAGACGUUGGAAAAUAGCUUAAUUCAAUGGGUAGAGCAAGAAAUAAUGUCAAGAAUGAUCUCUGGGCUUUUUCCAAUCCAGCAACAGAUUGCCCCUAAUAUCAGUGUGUCAGUCAGUGAGACAAGCGAACCACUGACUUCUGACAUUGUGGAAGGAACAAGCAAUGGUGCCCUCCAGCUUUUUGUUGAUGCUGGUGUUCCUGUGAACUCAGACAUGAUUAAGCAUUUUGUGAACGAAGCUCUUGCUGAGACCAUUGCUGUUAUGCUGGGUGACAGAGAACCAAAAAAGCAAGAUCCUGUUGCUGCAAGUGUUUCUGGGGAUGCUUCAACAAAUGAAACGUAUUUGCCGGCAAGAGUAUGUACCCCAUUGGCUACCCCACAGCCUACACCUCCUCGCUCAACUUCAUCAUCUCCUAAGGAGUGUGUUUUGGUAAAGACUCCAGAUUCUUCUCCCUGUGAUUCGGAUCAUGAUAUGGCUUUUCCUGUGAAAAAAGUAUUAGCUGAAAAAGGAGAUGAUAUGCCUGCCGUCAUGCUUGCUAAUACUCCAGCAGUUACCCCUACUACUACACCUCCUCCAGCGGCAGUUUUUACCCCAACUUUGUCAGAGAUUUCCAUUGAUAAAUUGAAGGUAUCAAGCCCAGAGCUUCUCAAGCCAUGGGGUGAUGGAGACCUGCCACUGGAAGAAGAAAACCCUAACUCUCCUCAAGAAGAACUUCAUCCGAGAGCUAUUGUAAUGUCUGUGGCUAAGGAUGAAGAACCAGAGAGUAUGGAUUUCCCUGCUCAGCCUCUACCUCCAGAGCCAGUUCCCUUUAUGCCAUUUCCUGCUGCCACCAAGCCCCCUUCCCCCUCACAGAUGCCAGGUUCUGAUUCAUCAACACUGGAGAGCACAUCGAGUGUUACUGUCACUGAAACUGAAACCUCAGAUAAACCCAUCUCUGAAGGAGAGAUUUUAUUUAGCUGUGGUCAAAAAUUGGCCCCCAAGAUUUUAGAAGAUGUAGGACUGUAUCUGACAAACCUUAAUGAUAGCUUAUCCAGCACUCUGCAUGAUUCCGUUGAAAUGGAGGAUGAUCCUCCUAGUGAAGGGCAAGUGAUUAGGAUGCCCCAUAAAAAAUUUCAUGUAGAUGCAAUUCUUUCUCUUCUUGCUAAACAAAACCAGGAUUCAGGAGUUUUACAGCAAGCAGUCUAUCAUUCAGAGGACUUGGAAAACAGUAUGGGUGAACUUAGCGAAGGACAGAGACCCCAGCUAACAGCAGCAGCAGCAGAGAACAUCUUAAUGGGAUAUUCUCUCUAUAUGCAGCCACCUGUCACUAAUGCAGAGUCUUUGGAUCAACAGUGUGAUCCUAAACCAUCACCUCAGCAAUUUGGCACAGUUUCAGGUGGUAUUUAUGAAGAUUCCUGUGCUAGUCAUGGUCCAAUGAGUUUGGGAGAAUUGGAGUUGGAGCCAAAUUCUAACCAUGUUCUUCCCACAACACUUCUGACAGCACGAGAAAAUGAUGUUAAUUUACCAGUAGCCGCUGAAGAUUUUUCUCAGUAUCCACAAAAGCGAAAUCAAAAUGUUAAGCAAGCUGAACACAAACCAGAACAAAGUUACCUACGCAUUAGAAAUAAAUGUGAUAUUGCACCUUUACAGCAACAAGAUUUUGUGGGUUUUAUUUUUUUUCUGUGAUGAAACUGAGAUAUUGCCAAAUGUUACAGAAAAUAGAAGUCAGAGUGCCAAAAUAAUUCUCUGGAGCUCUCAGGACUUUGGGUGACCUUGAAGGAAUUCAAUCCUAUCAUACAUAGAGACCUUGAAGAUAAUGAAGGAAAUUCACCUUACCACCAGAGAAUCAAAGCCACAUCUUUUCUAGCAGAUAAAUGCUUCCAAGAAUACUAGAAUGCCAAUUUUUGGCUAUUUCAGGGGGAAGUGUCAUGUAUUUCACUUUGAAAUAUGUAGCAGUUUAAUAUAUGUGUUUAAAGAAAGAGAGCAGCUAUUUAAAUGAUCAUCCAUUAAAAAAUGGUAGGACACAGAUUCCAGCACGGUAUUGCUAGGAACUUAGUAAAACACUUAGUUUUUUUCUCCCUUGAUUAUUAAAAGAGAGGAAUUCAUUGUUCUGACAAGUGAUCUCUUUGGAGUCUUUAAGAGUAAAAUAUUUUCAUUUGGUAUUGAAUUUAUUGAGUCUGUCUUUGACCACAUGAUACCACUUAUCUGAUUCUGUGUACUGGUAAGUGUAUCUAACAGUUUUAUAGUGAAAGCACUCUUUAAAACAGUAUUUGAAUGGAUCAUUUCUAUUUUCCCCCCUUUGCUGUGCAAAUUAAUUUUUACUCAUCUUUUGCUAUUCAAGUUAACUUUCAUCAUUACAAAAGAGAGGCUAGUUUUAAGUCAAUUUAUUUGUGAUAAGCCCAGGAACAACUAAAUUCUAUAAAGUAAUGUAUUAAAAUAGUAAAGUUUAAAGAUUAUUUUCCUUCUUUUUUCCCUUUAAAUUUGAAGACCGUCAUAAUAAAUUAUCAUUACAAAGUCAAGCAUACUAUUUGCUACUAUCAGUCAAUGGGGAAAAAAUAAGUCAUAUGUUUUAUGAUAAGAUGCUAUGAAAGACUAGAUUGUCAAAUUUGCUUGAAAAAUCUCAGCAGUUUUCAGUUUUCUUAUUUGUAGAUUAUACAUGUUACUCAGAAAAUAAGUAUCAAAGUGCUAAAAGGAAUAGGUGUAAUUGCUGUUAUUUGUCAAAUAAUUCUGUAUUUUUGUGGGAAAUACAGAAUCACAAAUAUUUCCUUCUGGCAUUAUGUCCCAAGUUAAAUUUCUAGCCAAUUUAGGACCUUUUAUAUCUCAUAUAAUGGUGACAGUGACUUUAAAUAUGUGAGCAUUAGGAAAUUCAAAGCUUAUAUAGUCUUAGAAGAUGUUUCUGACCACGUAUGCAAAUAAUUUUUCUUCUUUAAUAAAAUGGUGCUUUUUUUGCCUUUGUGUUUGAAAUUUAGCUAAAUUACAAUAGCUGUUAAAAUUGACCUUAGGCAUUUCAAAACCAUAGUUAAAAGGGUUUUAAGUUGACUUUUUAAAAAAUCUUAAGGUGUGGUAGGGAUGUCAAAACCAUGUGUGUGAAUCUCUGAUAGGGAGGGGUUGAAGCACAGACUAAUAAGUCUGUCAGAAAUCUGUGAGUCCAAAUGUGUAAUAAGCAUUGUCUGAAUGUGCUUUCCACAAAUCCAUGCUAUUAGUGAUUAACAAAAAAUAAAUUCACUUUGAAAUGUUGCUAAA